AUGAGAGAACUGGUGUCCAUGUUCAACCCCAGCCUUAUCAACCUGGACAAGGACAGGUCUCUGUAUGACAAUGCUGAAGAAAUGGUUGAUGUACUCACUAGCCAACAGGGAGAUAGCUGGAAGCUGGUGCUGCUGUUUGUGCAGAUGGACAGCCUGUGUAUCUGUCCAGAGCAGGUCAGCCAGUCAGUUGAUGAAGCAGUUCAUCAGGUGGAAAAGGCCCUUGACCUCCUGAAAUCUCAGCUGAAGAAGAGCAUUGUCAGUGUGGCCGUAUGGGACAAAUCAGGCAAAUCUGAAAACAUGCAGCAAGACAGAGUUUGCCCCUGUGAUGAGAAGCGGGCGUCUGGAGAACGGAGGCUGUUGAAGGCCAUCCUGCCUCAGCUAUUACAGGAUGCCUUGCAUCGCCAUCUGGUGGCCAAAGGGUAUUACAGCGACAAUGAGGAUUUCACGGUGGUGCUGCAGAGGGCCCCUGUAUCAGCUGAUCUGCCUGCCACGGAAUCACGGGUUGUCAGCGUGGAUGAAUCCGUCCACAUGAACGACUUGGCACUGCAGUUGUGGAGUAACCUUGCUCAUCCGUAUCUGAGGACAGAGAGGAACUCCCCAUCGGAGUCCUUUUCCACCAUCGAGGAUCUGAUAAUGGGAACUGAAUUGCCUUGUGAAGAACGCAGUCCUUCUCCUGUUCCACCAACCUCUGUCCAUGAGGUCCGGCCGGCUGAUAUCAAAGUGGUGGCAGCUGUCGGGGACUCGCUGACGGCAGGUAAUGGGCUGGGUGCAGGGCCUAAUAACCUGUUGGAGGUGCUGGUCCAGUACCGUGGCCUGUCGUGGAGUGUUGGUGGAGACAUGAACAUCUCACAUGUCACCACACUACCCAACAUUUUGAAGGAGUUCAACUCCAAUGUGACGGGCUUCUCUGUAGACAAAGGCAAGGAGACCUCCAGCAACGCUUUCCUCAACCAGGCAGUUGCAGGAGCUAAAGCAGAUGGCCUUUUGGGACAGGCUAAAGUUCUGGUGGAAAGAAUGAAAACAGACCCGCGUAUUGACUUCCAAGCUGACUGGAAGGUCAUCACCAUGUUUAUCGGAGGCAAUGACUUGUGUGACUCCUGUAAGAACGCUCUCUACUUCUCUGCUGACAACUUCCAAAAGCACGUCAAAGAAGCGUUGGACUAUUUUCACCAAGAGGUGCCGAGGGCCAUAGUAAACCUGAUCGAGCCCCUCCACAUCCUCCCCCUCCGCCAGUUGCAUCAGGACCACACCCUCAAGUGCCCCACCUGGCUGGUCGACAUCCUCUGCCCGUGUGUCAUCACCCCUCGUCCCCACUCAGAGGCUGAGAGGAGGAUGGAAGAUCUCAACAGACAUUACCAGCUCUCCAUCCAUGACUUGAUUGAGUCUGGUCGCUAUGACACCCAUGACAACUUCACUGUGGUCAUACAGCCCUUCCUCAGGGACAUCAUAGUGCCCCUGCUUCCGGACGGACGCCCCGAUCGCUCCUACUUCACCCCCGACUGUUUUCACCUCAGCCAGAAGUCACACACUCAGAUGGCCAGGGCUCUCUGGAACAACAUGCUGGAGCCGCUGGGUGAUAAGACUCACAAUCAGGACUUUGCCAGUGGCCUCAACCUCACAUGCCCCACUCAGAGCUCCCCGUUCAUAAGGACGUACAGGAACAGCGACUACAUCUAUCAAGGCCCCAAGCCAACACCUCCUCCUGUCACGAACUGGGGUAGGGAUUUCUCCUGCAAAGACGUGGCUCCAUCGGCCUCUGUUCCCACAUCAGUGCACAAACUGAGACCUGCUGACAUCAAAGUGGUGGCUGCACUGGGCGACUCCAUUACUGCUGGACGCGCGGCCAAGGCCAAAACCUACGGCAACCUCAAGACAGAGUACAGGGGAGUGUCCUGGAGUAUUGGGGGUGACAGUGACUUGAAGACCAUCACCACUAUACCAAAUAUCCUGAAGAGCUUCAACCCCUCCGUCCAUGGCUUCUCCAAAGGUCAAGGGUCACUACAGAAGGGCUUCAACAUGGCCACGUCCGAAGCUCAGACUAGUGCGAUCCCAGGGCAGGUCAGCUCUCUUAUUCAAGCCAUGAAGAACAGCAAGAAAGUGAACUACACUGAAGACUGGAAGCUGGUCACACUGUUUGUUGGAGUCAAUGAUCUGUGUCAUUAUUGCAAAGACCAAGAUAAUCUGUCAUCUAAGAACUUCACCGAACACAUAACGGCCAGCCUGGACCUGCUCUAUGCUGAGGUACCACGGAUCUUGGUGAACAUCCUUGAAGUUCCCCAAAUCGACCUACUGAGGAAGAUCAACAAGGGAACUCUGACCUGUGGCUUAAUCCCAAGGGAGAAAUGUCCAUGUGCAGUACUUCCUCAAGACCAGUCCCCAGCUCUUAUGGAGCUGAAGAGGGUUAAUGCUGAGUAUCAGGCUGCCCUGGAGCAGCUGGUGUCUGGUGGCCGCUAUGAGGAGCGCGAGGACUUUGCCGUGGUGCUGCAGCCCUUCCUACAGCACGCUGCUGUGCCUCUGGUCAACGAAGGCCAGCCAGACCUGAGCUACUUUGCCCUGGACUGUGUUCACCUCAGUGAGAAGAGUCACUCUGAGAUGGCCACCGCACUCUGGAACAACAUGCUGGAGCCAGUGGGAAAGAAACAGUUCUUCACCAACUUCACAUAUGACCGCACCAAGAUUCACUGUCCCUCAGAGGCUCAGCCUUUCAUCUUCACGCGCCACAACAGCCAAGCCAGCCCAGGCCCGACACCCACCACCACCACCACCCUAGCCCCCACCACCACCACCGCAGUGGACGCCACCUCUGCUACUCCAGUGCCACUGUGCCCUCCCUCUGUGCCAGUCUGGGUGCCAGUGAUCCUGGCUAUCAUCGGCCUUCUGAUUGGCUGGGUUGCCACCUGGAUGGUGUUCUCACGGCGACAGGCAGCAUCGUCACGGAAACAGAGGAGACUGGAGAGUUCGGAGGUAUUCCGGAACAACAACACACAGGAAAUGAAGCCCGGGAUGUAAACGUUCAGGCUACCAGCUCUGUUCCUGCUCUCGAUGACCAACCAGAGGGGUGAUGGUAGUUGUGCGUAGUUUGUAUUGUUGUUUAGAUGACUAACCUUGGUCAGCUAUGGGACAACAGGCUCUACCGUGGCGCUAACGAUAGGGCACUGGGCUGCUAUGCCGGCGACCCGGGUUCGAUUCCCGGCCUGGGUCCUUUGCCGAACCUUCCCCAUCUCUGUCUCCCCACUCGUUUCCUGUCCAAUCUCUCACUGUCCUAUUAACAAAUAAAAGGCCAUUAAAAAAAUAAGCCAUGGGACAAGAUUUGUAUCCACCCCAAUAGAACCAUUGGAACCAUUACACACUGCAUGUGUAUGAUCGCAACACACUUACAAUGUGUAUAUCAUGGACGUUAAACAACAUUGUAUUGUAUUUAUGUAGCAUUUUUAAAGACACCCACAGUGCAUAAGUGCUCUCACCUGGCAACACAUAUGCUUUUGCUUGUGGA